GGAAGCUUGGACCAGGAAGAGCGGAGUCAGAGCCACCAUCAAAUCAAAACAAACCAAGGCGAGACUUUCGGGCAGCUGAAAACUGUUUUUCCUGUGGUCACUUGAAUUCAUAUUCGUCUUGACAUGGAGGACACAAUCUUUCAGCUAAAGUUCACGUCGAAGCAGCUUGAGAGGCUGGCCAAGAAGGCAGAGAAGGAGUCUGCUAAGGAGCAGGCUAAGGUCAAGAAGGCUUUGCAACAGAAAAAUGUGGACUGUGCCAGAGUUUAUGCAGAGAAUGCUAUCCGGAAAAAAAAUGAAGGUCUUAAUUGGCUGCGCAUGUCGUCUCGAGUCGACGCGGUGGCCUCUAAAGUCCAGACUGCUGUCACCAUGAAGGGAGUGACUAAAAACAUGGGUCAGGUGACCAAAGCUCUGGACAGAGCUCUGAACUCCAUGGAUCUACAGAAGGUUUCUGCAGUCAUGGAUAAGUUUGAAACCCAAGUCCAGAACCUUGAUGUCCACACCUCAGUGAUGGAGGAUUCCAUGAGCUCGGCAAUGACUCUGACCACGCCUCAGGAGCAGGUGGACGACUUGAUCCACCAAAUAGCAGAGGAGAGCGGCCUGGAGGUGAUGGACCAGCUCAGCCAGCUGCCCGCAGGAGCCACCUCAGUGGGCGCAGAGAGCUCACGGUCCCAGGAGAAGGAGGAUCAGCUGUCUCGACGGUUGGCUGCUUUGCGGAACUGAGGGCUCCUCCAGGAGAGCUGACGGGGCUUACAGCUGCGUGGAAGCAGACAAGUUUAAUGACGGCGACAGGAGCUGUGUGUGUUUCUAUUGAACUGUUCCUACCAGAAGGACUUAAUGAGCCUAUUGAUUACCAUCCCCCCCUGCUCUAUAAAUACACACACACACACACACACAGACACAGACACACGGACACACACAUACCAGCUAGAAAUACCACCUGAGAAGGCAUGUAUCUCUCUGGUUCACCUUCCCAAUUCGAUCCAUCUAUUCCCGUUCCCCUAUCUUUCCCUGCAAUUCCCCACUGGAUCUCAUUUUACCUGUCACGUCACUUUUUAUCCCUCUUUUUUUUCUCCCUUCUCCCUUUUUUCUCCAUCAACACCAUCUCUUCCUCCUCUGGCAACGCACAGUUCUCAAUUCACACACUCUUGGAUGUAUGCUUUGUACAAAGAAAAACAUGUUUUACAAACAAUAUAAUUUACAAUGCUGAAAUUGAAAACAUUUUAAUAAGCAGUUAUAAUUAUUAUAAGGGAGUUGGGCAUCCCUGGCUCUCAUUAAGUGCAGGGUGGGGUAAAGAUGUAUCUACUUUUUGUUUUUGUAGUUUUUUUGGGGCUCUGUCAGUCAGAGAUGGUGUAAGUGGACGACUCUGCUGGAAAGGAGACAUAAAUUUAAUGCCAAAAAAUAUCCGUUAUUGCACUGGUUAUUUUUUUAUGUUUAAAACAGACAGCAACAUAUUGGUAACACUAAAAAAAAGUCUCCCUCCAUCAGGUUUGUUCAUGCAACAACCGUUUACAACACUGCUUACAACAAAGGACUAUCCUCAAACCUUUUGUUUGACAGUGUCGGAAUGAUUUAUUUUCAUGUUCAAUUUUUCUUCCGAUUUUUUGAUGAUUAUUUCUCAUGCCUGUAUUCAUACUUUUUGCUUUGCACGCCUUAUUUGGGAUGCAGGUGCUUGCAUAGAUGCUUGUUCCACCAGUGCCUGAAGGACAGUAGUUUAGAAAGCGUAGCAGCGAAGGAAACUGGAUAGGCCUUGGUCAGAACAAGGAAUUUUCCUUUCCUUUUUCUGCCAGAGAAGCCGGAGGUGUCUUGGUCUUUGCCAACUUCACUUCAACACUGACUGUGAUGAGUGUGAGCUCCGGUUGCCAUAGCUGUCACAGGGGGACAUUUAUUAUUUCUUUUACUCUGUAGACUAAAGUUGCCUAAUCUUUUGGAGAUCUCCCCCAGCAACACUGAAACCUCACUGAUAUUUUUGGAAACUUCUCUGUCUCAAAAUAAAGUAAUCACCUGCAUGUUUCUCAUGAUCCCUAACACUUUCAGGAAAGGACAUCAAUUAAGAGCAGGGAUGUAUAUGCUGGACCUUUUGAUUUUUUUCAUUUGACAUGAAUCAAUUUUCCUUGUUAACCACAUGAACAAUGGCAACAGUGAGAGUUGACAGAAGACUUCUUCCUUUGUCUUAUUUUCUGAGCUCUGUGUUGAGAUGCCUGUUUUUUGAUGCUUCCUUCUCUGAGCGUUCAGUGUAGAUGUCAGUGAGAGGGCCUGCAGGCGGAAGCCAGACUUCAACCUGACAAAGCAGCUUCUCCGUCUGAUGAUGUUUUCUAUUUUCUGUCCAUUUUAACACAGGGAGGGUUCAUUUUUACUACAAAGUUCAGCAGACUUUGCAGCACUUUUGUUUUCUAUAUUUAUCUUGUGAAAAUAAAAUCUUGCCCUCUGA